AUGUGCGUGCUACCCUUGUACUUUGUGCAUCGUGUCGGUCCUGAUGCCCUGCUGCCCGCGCGCCCCGCGCGCCCUGCUACCCGCGCGCCCCGUGCGCUCUGCUGCCCACUCGCCCCGUGCACCCUGCUGCCCGCGCGCCCCGCGCGCCCUGCUGCCCACGCGCCCCGCGCGCCCUACUGCCCUACGCGCCCUGCUGCCCGCACGCCCCGCGCGCCCCACGCGCCUUGCUACUCGCACGCCCCGCGCGUCCUGCUGCCCUGCUGCCCGCGCGCCCCGUGCGCUCUGCUGAACACGCGCUUCGCGCGCCCUGCUGCCCGCGCGCCCCACGCGCUCUGCUGCCAACGCGCCCCACGUGCCCCGCGCGUCCUACUGCCCUGCUGCCCGCGCGCCCCGCGCGUCCUGCUGCCCUGCUGUCCGCACGCCCCAUGCGCUCUGCUACCCUGCGUGCCCCGCGCGCCCUACUGCCCCGCGCGCCCUGCUGCCCACGCGCCCCGCGCACCCUACAGCCCUGCGUGCCCCGCGCGCCCUGCUGCCCCACGCCCCGCGCGCCCUGCUGCCCACGCGCCCCGCGCGCCCUGCGCGUCCUGCUGCCCUGCUGCCCGCGCGCCCCGCGCGCCCUGCUGCCCUGCUGCCCGCGCGCCACGUGCGCUCUGCUGCCCACGCGCCCCGUGCACCCUGCUGCCCGCGCGCCCCGCGCGCCCUGCUGCCCAUGCGCCCCGCGCGCCCUACUGCCCUGCGCGCCCUGCUGCCCGCACGCCCCGCGCGCCAUGCUGCCAACGCGCCCCACGCGCCUUGCUACUCGCGCGCCCCGCGUGUCCUGCCGCUCUGCUGCCCGCGCGCCCCGUGCGCUCUGCUACACACGCGCUUCGCGCGCCCUGCUGCCCGCGCGCCCCGCGCGCUCUGCUGCCAACACGCCCCACGCUGUUAUAG